CCGGUCUGGUGAUUCUGAACCGCCUGGGUGUGUCAUGUGACGGUGGAGCCGCAACAACAAGAAGAACUUGACUCCUGUCAGUCGGAGUGCGUUUAAUAUGAGACAGAGAACAGUGAAGCGAGUUCUGUGUCACAAAGAGACAGAGACAGAGGCAGGGGAACAGCAGUUCAAUAGCAGCACCCUCACAGAGUUAUUGAUUUCUAUGUAAUUAUUAUUAUUUAGUCACACCCGAAGCAGCAAUAACAUUAACAAAGAAACGGCACCGGGGAAGAGAGAGAACUGCUGUCACCGGCAGAGAGAGACACGGCAAAGGUGUGACUCUGGCUGGUUGCCAUGGCGCUGUACGAUCGACCUUCCAUAAACUCCGCCCUCCGUGACAGUGAAGAGGAGGAGGGGCCUGAAUCAGGGGAGACCCAACCCCUGCUGAGCACAGAGGAGGGCUCAGCACAAUGUUGCUCCGCUCGUUUUAACCUUGCAUUUCUCAUGUUCCUGGGUUUCUGCAUGGUCUACGCCCUGCGUGUCAAUCUCAGCGUCGUCAUGGUAGCCAUGGUCAACGGAACAGUGACACAGCCAAUCGGCAACAGCUCCCAGGCGGAGGUGUGUCCGAAACAUUCCAGCCCUGAGGGCAACUCGACCAAUAAGGGACCCCCAGGGGUGCCUCAGUAUGACUGGAGCUCUGAGACGCAGGGUGUGAUCCUCAGCUCCUUCUUCUAUGGGUACAUCCUGACCCAGGUUGUGGGGGGGUACGUGUCGGACCGGUUUGGAGGGAAGCUGUUCCUGGGUUUAGGGGUGCUGUGCACGGCGGCGCUGACUCUGCUCACUCCGCUGGCAGCCAGUCUGGGGGUCCCCUACCUCAUCGCACUGAGAGCAGCCGAGGGCGUCGGAGAAGGCGUAUCCUUCCCUGCGAUGAAUGCCAUGUGGGCACGCUGGGCCCCGCCCCUGGAGCGCAGUCGCCUCGUGACCUUCUCUGCAGCAGGUGUUAGUUUCGGUACCUUCGUGGCUCUGCCUCUGACAGGCUUCAUGUGUCAGUCCCUGGGCUGGCCCUCUGUCUUCUACAUCUUCGGUGCUGCUGGCUGUGUCUGGUCUGUGUUCUGGUUCACUCUUGUGUCUGACGAGCCUCGCUCUCACCCACGAAUCAGCAAGUCCGAGCUAAAUUACAUCACUGACUCCAUCAGCUCACAGGGCAGUGCUCAGGGCUGGUCAGUGCCUGCUCUCUCCAUGCUGGGCUCCCUGCCUCUCUGGUCCAUCGUUGUGGCUCACUUCUCUGCAAACUGGUCCUACUACACCCUGCUGACCACACUGCCCACCUACAUGGACCAAGUGCUGCGCUUCAACAUCAAGGAGAAUGGGUUCCUCUCUGCUCUGCCCUAUCUGUGCUGCUUCCCGGUUGGUUUGCUGUCCGGUGUGCUGGCUGAUUUCCUGCAGGAGAGACGCCUCCUGAGCACCACUGCAGUGCGCAAGAUAUUUACCGUCUCAGGCAUGGUGUUCCCAGCAGUGUUCCUGGUUGCCACGGCGUUUAUUGGCUGUGAUUACCGCUGGGCCGUCGCGUUCCUCACCGUGUCCUCCGCCCUGAGCGGGAUACUCAGCGCCGGCUUCAACAUGAACCACCUCGACAUCGCGCCCAGGUAUGCUGGGAUCCUGCUGGGAAUCACAAACUCUUUCGGGACCAUCCCUGGGAUCGCCGCCCCCACUGUGGUGGGAUACCUCACUGCACAGCACUCUCUCUCCGGGUGGAGGUUGGUGUUUUUCAUCUCUGCCGGGAUCAACGUGUUCGGAGCACUGUUCUACUGCAUCUGCGGGACCGGGCAGCUCCAGAGCUGGGCGAGAGAGGAGCAGAGGCCAGGCGAGGGACACAAGGACAGGUGGGCAGGAGACUGCUGAGGGACAGACUCACAGACCAGGACACAUUCCCUGAGACAGACUCCAGGGAGGGUCUGUAUUCAACAGACAGACAGACGGACAAGCAGACAGAAAACCGAUUGAAAGGACAGACUCACAGACCAGUAAACAUUCCAGUGGGCUAACUUACAGACACACAGACAGGCAGGCUGGCAGACACGCAGACAGACAGACAGGUCCCUUCAUCCCUCCCUUCACCUUCUUUCAGGUUCAGAAAUAAAUUCCAUUGCAAACGCUUCGACUCGAAGUCUUUCUCAAUGUCGAAACGUUUGUCAUUGAAUGUAUUCAGGUUCUUUGAGGACUUCUAAACCCAGCAGUAUUGAGUGUUGGUUAGGUAUGGAUGAUUCUGUCUGAAUCAGGAACAGGAUUGUGCGUCUCAGCUCUGUGUUUAAACUGCAGAUGUGAAUGUGUGUUAAUAUCAGAGUAAUUCUAACAGGAGAGCUGCUUCACUCUGGAACUGCAGGGGUCCCAUCCUCUCUUGCAGGGGGUACUGUGGGAGUCUCACGGGACACCCCCCUCCCCUUAAUAUAUCUCCUGUUUCCAUCGAGCCAGACUGAACAGGGAUGAGGGGACCAGCCUGUUCGAGCGACUGUCUGUCUGUCUCUCUGCAGCGAAACAGAAACACUCACAGGAAUAAUCACGUCUUUGUAUUCUGCACAAAACCUACACAAUUGAAAACAGAUCAUGUGGAAGCUACAUGACACUUUAAAAGGUGGAGAUUUUCAAGGGAUUUUUUUAAUGCCUUGCUUAUUAACAGGGGUUAAAGGGACCCGGUAUGAGCAGCCACUGUAGGCAUGCUUUCUGAAGGCCAUCUGCACCAAGUUUUAAUAAGAAUCAUUAAAUAAUAAACUGCUUUAAUUAAACAAUUAAGAGCUGCCUCCUAUCCCUGACCUCAAAGGGACAGAACAGGAUGGGAUUCCCUGAUUGCUACCUCCUGAAUGGAGAUGACAGAUCCUUCUGUUAAUGUUGUGCAGUCAGUGUAAAUCAAGGGUAUUUAAUUACACGACGAUCAGGAACAUUUUAAUUUAAUACAAGUAAAGGCAUUUCCUUUUUUUUUUUUUAAAUGUAUUAAAUGAGUAAAAGAAGCUGCUUCUGAUACAAAAAAGGUGGGGAAUUAAAGCCCAGAUUAAACCAGCUUUUUAAAAUGCAUUUAAAAAAAAAAAAAAACAGUAAAAAACUAAAAUCAGGGCAUUCAUUUUAACAAGUGGUUCCUGAGUGGCCACAUGGGGGCAGUGCCUUCCACACGGCAGGGUUUUGAGACAGGAAAUGUAAUGAGGGGCGUGGAGUGUGCGCUCCAUCUUGAAGCUGUACACCGCUGUGAUGUUUUGGGUCUUUCUUGAGAGGUGAACUUGCCAACUAUUGCACAACACGGGUACAACUCAGGAAGCAAACAUCCUAGAACAGGAAACGGGGGCUGCUGCAGUGUGUGUGCUGUCAUGGCAACACCCCUCUGAAAUAGCGCUGUUAUUACUGAGUGCUUUAGAUCUUUUACUGUGUUCUCAAUUUAAUCAAUUUAUUUCUUAGCAGACUUACAAUUGUUACAAGAUAUCACAUUAUUUUUACAUACAAUUCCCCAUUUAUACAGUUGGGUUUUUACUGGAGCAAUCUAGGUAAAGUACCUUGCUCAAGGGUACAGCAGCAGUGUCCCUGUACAUGGGAGCAGGAAUGUGUUUUAUUUUUAAAUAAAAAAAGGGAAUGUAUUAUUUUAUUCAGCCAGACAGAAAGUAUAAAAAGAUUCUCUGCAUUAAAAAUGACAAAUAUGUGCUCAAAUCCGGCAGUCAACGCCUUCUCGUGUAUGCUUUUGUAUCGUUUGUUUUUAUUAUAGGACAUUAUUUUAUACUUUUAAUUUCAGGGAAUUUCUAAUGGAUUAAACAUGUUUUCAAUACA